GGAGGAGGAGCAGCAGCAGAGUGGUGGUGGUCACUCACUGGUCACAUAAAUGAAAAGCUCAGACACUCCGCGCAGAGACAGAGAAGCGAGAACAUCCACUCCCACUCGUGCUCCCUCAGCUCUCUCUUCACGACCAUCAGGCUGAUCCACAGCACAGUCAUGCUGGCUGCGUGUCUCGAGGGUCUCGGCCUGGCGAUGUGCGUCGCGGGCUCCCUGCUGGUGAUGGUGGCCUGCGGGCUGCCCAUGUGGAAGGUGACCGCCUUCAUCGAAUCCAACAUCGUGGUGGCUCAGACCAUCUGGGACGGCCUGUGGAUGUCCUGCGUGGUGCAGAGCACCGGGCAGAUGCAGUGCAAAGUCCACGACUCGCUGCUGGCUCUGACGCGCGACCUGCAGACGGCGCGCGCGCUCAGCGUCAUCUCCGCGGUGCUGAGCAUCAUCGGCCUCGCGGUGACCGUGGCCGGCGCGCAGUGCACCAACUGCAUGAAGGAGGAGACGGUGAAGGCGCGCGUGGUGAACGCCGGCGGGGUCAUCUACAUCGUCAGCGGCCUGUUCGUGCUGGUGCCGCUCUGCUGGAUGGCCAACAACAUCAUCGUGGACUUCCACGACCCGCAGGUGCCUCCGUCCAAGAAGCGGGAGAUCGGGGCCGCGAUCUACGUGGGCUGGGCGGCCACGGCGCUGCUGCUGCUGGGCGGAACCCUGCUGUGCUGCUCCUUCUCUCAGGUGGUCCGAGGCUCGUACCCCAUUAAAUACUCUCCCACCAAGACCAUCACAGUCAACGGAGACUUUGACAAGAAACAUUAUGUGUAAAGUCAAAGAUUUGGACUUUAUGACGCCGUUAAAGGGACAGUUCUGUCUUUGUUUCCUCUCGUAAGCAGACUCUACUGUGUCUUCCUUCUUCACCGAGAAAUGUAAAAGUCCAUUUUCAACAACAUCGUGACACAAACUUGUAAAAGUCAAAUAAUGUGUGUCUCCACCGUGUUAAAAUGUUCUCCGUGGACCUUGGUGCAGCAGCUGUAAAAAGGAACGGUUGCCUUAUAUAUUCUUAUGAUACCAAAGACUUACAUAGACCUGAACCCUGAACUGUCCCUUUAAAGUCUGACAGGGCAUGUUCAUGCUUUGGUGUGGGACACUGAAGUGGUGCUUAUAUGAAGACAUGAUAAGUCUCCACAUUCAUCCAUUCACAUGUUGAUAUAUAAGCAUGUAUUUUUUUUAAUUUUUUACCCAAAAAUUAUUUUGAAUUCUCUUUGUAAUAAACUUUGUAAUAAACUACUCUCAGGGAAACUAAUACAUGAGGAUGUCCCUCCAAUAUCUUGUUAUUGAAAUGCAUCAGUUCCAAAUUAUGAGCAGCUAAUGAACAAAUUCAGGGUUUGAUAACGAGGAGCAGUUUAGUUUGUUUGAGGCUGAAAUCACUUGUGUUGUCACUGUGUCACACGGAUCUGCACAGCUUUGUUGUUGUAAUAUAAAAUACUGUUGUUUUUGUUGUUGUUUCUCACACCAGACGAGUGUGUUUUCUGAGUCUGGUUCUGAUCAAAGCAUGGAAUUUGCAUUUUAAUACAUGAACACUGUUCUGAGCAUCGUGUCAUUUUUGAAUAGAUACUUUUUUCCUAAUAAAAACAUUUACUGUC